CCGACGCGCCGAUAACAUCGCGAACUCGCGACUGCGCGAAACGACCUCCACGUCCACGGCUGGACGGGCCAGCUACCAGCCCACCGCUAAGCGAAAACGCCCCGUUCUGCCGCAACGAUCGAAUGUAACGAAACGUUCUACUAUAGUUCGCAGUGCGGAAUUGGACGCCCAUUACGGCGUAUUAUUAAAAACGGCAAUGUUUCAUUUUUAUUGAAAUAAUUUUAAUAUUUUAUUCAAUAAUAUAUAUGACAUACGACGACGUGUAUGUUUAACAUAUUUUUUAAUUUUUUGUCCGCACUUCGCAGCGCUACCGUCAAGGCUGUCCCUUUCUCCCACUCGUCUUCCGCCGCCGCCACCGCGCGCCGUCCGUCUAUAAUAUUAUAAUAAUACGCGACGCCGCGCCGUAUCAUCGACAUCGGUGACACGCGAGUUUUAAAAAUUUUUUUCUUCUUUAUCAAAUCCAACUAGUGACAAGGAAAAAAAUAUAUUAAUAAUACGCGACUCAGUAGUACUGGUAGGCACGAAACUGCGGUACCGUCCAGUGGGGAGACAACAACUACAGUCUGUGCAAAACUACCAACUAUACAGUGAUAUUAUAUAUUAUUGUUGUUACGGUUUACCGUUUACGACAUUCAUUCCGUCUCCUGUUCGAAUCAGUUGUGGUGCGUCACCGUUGCCGCCGCCGCCGCCGUUAAUUAUGUGAUAAUCAAUCGACGACGUAAAACAUUCGAAGAAUUUUCCCAAAGUUAAACACUGUAUACCAGUGUUCCGCUUUUUGCGUAUCACACGCGCACACACACACACACACACACACACACACGUACGCUCGCGAUAAAUAUAAUAAAAUAUUCGUACUGUGAUUAGAAAGGAAGUAGUCAGUGAGAGUUUAAUAUACGACGCAAAGAUACAUAUAUCUAUAUAUAUAUAUAUAUAUAUAUAUGUAUAUAUAUGCAUAAAUAUUAUUUAUUAAUUUUUUUUGUAAUUAUUUCAAUACAAUUUUCGUUUGUUUAAAUAUUUAUAUUUUUUAGUUUAUUUUUAUAUCGUUCCUACAUUAAUUCCGUAACUCACAUAAUAAUUAUUAUAUAACAUUAAUACAGUAUUACAUUCACGACGGACCCCGACGGAGAGACAGCUUGUAGAAAAACCCAAAAUCACUAAUAAAUAUAUAAUGGCCAACAGAGCUGUACCGCAGAGACCUAAUGGCCAAACACCAGGAAAAAUAUGUCAGUUCAAGUUGGUUCUUUUAGGUGAAUCAUCAGUUGGAAAAUCUAGUUUAGUACUUAGAUUUGUAAAGGGCCAGUUUCAUGAAUACCAAGAGAGUACCAUUGGUGCUGCUUUCCUUACCCAAACGAUUCAUUUAAAUGAUGUAGCCGUAAAAUUUGAAAUUUGGGAUACAGCUGGUCAAGAGCGUUACCAUAGUUUAGCACCAAUGUAUUAUAGAGGUGCUCAAGCAGCUAUUGUAGUCUAUGAUAUAACUAAUCAAGAUACCUUUGAAAGAGCUAAAAAUUGGGUGAAGGAACUUCAAAGACAAGCAACACCCGGUAUUGUCAUAGCUUUAGCUGGAAACAAGUUAGAUUUAAAUACUAUGAGAAGUGUUCAGACUGAUGAAUCACAAACAUAUGCCUAUGAAAAUGGACUGCUGUUUAUGGAAACAUCAGCAAAAACAAGUGCUAAUGUGACCGAAAUUUUUAAGGCAAUUGCUGAAAAACUUCCUAAGAAUGAAACAACUAAUACAGCAGGGCAAGGUCGACGUCUAGUUGAAUCUGAAGGAGCUAAUAAGAGCCUUAGCAGCUGUUGUAAGUGAUACAGUAAAUCAAGUCAGUUUUCGUAUGGAUUAUUGACAUUUAAUCAUCUAAUAAACUAUAUAGCUUUGUAAAAUUAUUAAGCCUCAGAAUUAUAUUUAUCAAUUUGCAUUUAAUGUAUGUAUCAAUAUAUUAUCUAAUAAUAUAUACAAAAUGUUUUGUUUAUUUCCAUUAUGCUUCUCUGUAAACAUAAUGUGAGUAUAUUGAGCCAGCAAAAUGUCAAUAUUGGUAUAAUGUUGGUCAUGUUCAAUAAUAGUUAAUACUUUUUUUCAUUCAUUCAACUUUUUUUAUUAGCAAUAAAAUAUUGUUUGUAUUUAAGGUUUUUUUUUACUCAAUCAAGUUUUUAUUAUCAAUUUUAAUAUAAUUAAAAUAUUUUACCAUAGCAAGUCAAAUAAGUUUUUAACCUAAUUAGUUAUUGUGAACCUAAAAGUGUACAUUUCAAUUAAAUAUUUUCCCAAUAACUUAUUUAUUAAAAAUAAAUUAGUUAAAUACAAAAACUAUUGUACCUACAGCCUAUCACAACUAGGCCACUGUUGAAGUGAUAAGAAAUUUAACCAUGUUUUUUGUGAUGUUUUUACCUGAACCGCGAUUUGAAUGGUGAAAUCCAUACAUUUUUAAUAUCUGUUACAUUGUUUGGUUAUUUCUAAACAUUUACGAUUAUUGUAAUUAGUACGUUUUUGGUGAAAUUGACCCUCAAUACAACUUUAUUUAUAGAAUAAUAUAACUUGUAUGUAUUCUGUGUUACUAAAAUUUAAUCACAUUUUAUAUUAUAUAUUAUUUUAAAACCAUUAAAAUAUAAACUUUUAUGUAUAUAUAUAAAUAUAUAUAUAUAUACAUUUACUAGCUAUUUGUUUGAUGGUAUAUAAGAAUUUUAUUGUUAUACAUUUUAUCCAAAAAUAUUAGAGUUAUGUAAUUUACUAUGUAUAUUUCUUAAUUUUAGUUGCAGUUUAGUAACUAGGUUUGUGUAAAUGGUGGAAGAAUAUAAAACAAAUAUUGUAUUUUAUCAUUACAAAAUCAUAUUUAUUUCAUUUCAAUUUAUUAUUUUGUUUAUUAUUAUUAUUAUUAUUAUUGCUUUGAUAAAUUAUUUUAUUUUAAUUAUGAUGGUAUUUAGAAAAUUGUAUGUAUAAAAAAUUCCAUUAAAUAUAAUAUGAUUGCAAUA